CGGAUCUUCUACCCAGCCCCACGCGACCCGCAACCGGGCGUAUAUCAGCGCGCGACGGGCCAGACGCGGAGGCGCACGCCGCGCUCGGAUCUCGGCCAUCAGCAGUUCAGCAACCAGCAUCCGCCGGAGAAGAACGAACCGCGGAUUCGUCACCGCCAGAGAGAGCCAAGACAAGAUGGUGGCCAAUGGUGAUGCACCAGCCAGGGGGACUGCAGCAGCAGCUGCAAGCUUGCGCAGGCGUAGAACGACGACGAGCGGUGCCUCCGCUGGAGGUGGUGCCAGUUCAAUGCUCCAGUUCUACACCGAUGAGGCUGCAGGGCGCAAGAUGUCGCCGAAUACAGUUCUGAUCAUGAGCAUAGGGUUCAUUGCCAUCGUCGCUAUGCUGCAUGUUUUCGGGAAGCUGUACCGCACCUCCAACUAGGUUGAGAUUACCGUAUCCAAGAAAGCAGAGUCUAUGAACAGAAGGAGCCUUGUAGAAUGAUUUAAGUGGACAAUGACUAUCAGAUUCUGAACAGGUUUUGCUAUUAUAGAGGUUUAUGGAAGUUGCAAUGCUGAGCUGAUAUCGUCGAAUACUUGCAAGGUGCACCUUUGGCAUUCUCCCAUUCGUGUACCGAGUCGAUUUCAGCUUAAUGCAUGGCCAAUGGAUCGGAUCUAUUUCAGUCUCAA